ACCCUAUGUGUAGGACUCCAAUUUCCUCACAGCCCACCAUUUCUGCUUGAUCGAGCUCCAUCAUCCAUUUGAUAAUGGCAUUCGGAGUCUUCAGUCCCUUCCUCUUCAAGCCAUUUAUUCCUUCUCCUUCCGUAGCCCGCAGAGCUCCCUGUCUUCCAUUGCACAGAAAUACCAGUCAAACAAACUCCAUAACAGCAACAAGAGCAGGUGAUCCUAUGAAAUUGCUCUGCACCAUUAAUGCCUUGUUCUUGAAGCAUGUAGGUAAGUGUAACACACCAUUUCAUAUUUGGUUAAGUCUAAUCUCUGAAAUGGAUGAUAGAGUAAUAUAUGGUUAUUGGAUGAGCCCUGAUUUAGAAGAUGGCUGGGGCUUUGUUGUGGCUGCUGUUGAUCAACUUUAUAGUGUAUGAGAAUUUUCUUAUGCUAUUAUAAGUUUAUAACAUCGCCUCUUGUUGAAAAA